GCUUCAUAAGUUCAUAAGUGUACUAGUAGAAAUAAUAGACAUUCUCCGCCCCGGUACCACCAUCCUCGCCUUCGCCUCUCUCCCGGCAGCAGCAUCCGCCUCUAAAGUUUCAGAAAUCCAGAAUGUUGAAGUUCUUAUCAAAGGUGAAACUAGAGUUCAAUGCACUGGACUCCCGUGCAGGUGCUUGCAUGGAGUUCUUAGCUCAGUGCAGUGCCGGCAAAGCCAGGGACUCAAACCCCAGUUGCCAAGUCGAAGUUAAGCGCCGCACCGACGACCAUCCUCCUCAAAUCAAGGUCACCUUCGUUAAUGGCGUCGAGGAAAUCUUCGACGCUUCCAAAACCUCUGCGCAAUCUAUUCGCUCUCUUAUUCUCGAUAAAGGACAGUACCUCGAGACUGAGCAGAUGUUUCGUGAUGGUGGGCAAGGUUGGCCUGUUAUCAUUCCUAAGGAAGAGCUUCUCGAACCUACUCCUAGUAUUAAGCCUAGAAAAGCAGAAGACAAGAAGCAAUGAUUGCCCCUUCCCUCAAAUCUAGCUGAAGCAGUAUGUCUGAAAUUCCUACCUCAUAAAAUGGCAUUUUCAUUGAAAGUCAUUAUCCACCAUUCCUAAUUUUGUAGAGAGAGAUUUUUCUCCAAGAACUUUGUUACUGUUCAAUUUAUCUUCUUCUUUUCUUCUUUUGUCUUUUUAAAUAUAUAGAUAGACUAUAGAUGCUGAAUGUGGGAAACAUGUUAGCUAUAACUGGUACUCUCUUCGUUCCAGAUUAGUUGUUACACUUCUAACUUAGGAAUGACCCCACAGUCAUUUUAUUGUC